AUGGGGUCCUCCGACGACAGCACAGAGCUGUUGACAGCUGAUAUCAUCCAUAUUCAGUCAGACGCUGACAAAAUCGAAUCGUCAAAAGACACCGCCGAACUGUUGAAAGCCCCAGCGCCAAGCUUGCCGUCGCUCUGGCUGUGGGACGAACAAGGCUUGAAAUUUUUCGAAGCCGUCACGUAUGCCACUGAGUACUACCUAACCAACUCCGAGAUUGAGCUCCUUAAGAAACGCAGUCAUCAGAUAGCGCAGAGGAUCGAACCUGAUUCCGUCAUUGUCGAGUUGGGAAGUGGGUGUCUCCGAAAGACAAAGAUUCUUCUGCAAGCGAUAGAUGACCUGAAUAAGUGUGUCGACUACUAUGCCCUGGACCUGUCUCGCUCAGAGCUUGAACGAACUUUACAGGAGGUAUCUGCUAGUACCUUCCAUCGCGUCCGGUGCCAUGGUCUAUUGGGAACGUAUGAUGAUGGAUUGGCAUGGUUGCAACAAUCCGAAAUUGCUUGGAGGGCCAGAGCGGUGCUCUCGCUGGGUUCAACUCUUGGGAGCUUAACCCGGACUGAAGCCGCGGAGUUUUUGGCUGGAUUCGCUAAAGCUGUCGAUCAUUCCGUGAAUGGAGCAACCCGAAGUGAGCCUCUGAUGGUCAUUGGUGUCGAUGGCUGCCAAAAAGGAGAGAAAGUGUGGCCUGCCUACAACGACGCUGAAUCUCGGAACGACCAGUUUAUCAAAGAUGCAUUGGAUUAUGCCAACCAGAUUUUGGGCAAGGGCAUUUUCGAUCAGGAUCAAUGGGACCGUCACGGCCAGUGGAAUGAAAAGAUUGGACGACAUGAACAGUCCCUGGUACCUCAGAAGGAUAUCUGGUUCGAGGAUCGUUGUCUCAAAGCUGGGGAAAGGGUCUUUGUUGUCUCAAGCCACAAAUAUGACCACGAUGAUCGACAACGCCGUUGGCAGGGUGCAGGUCUGUCGCUGAUGGAGGGAUGGCAGCACCAAGGAACCAAAUAUGGCGAGUUUUACUCAUGCUCUUCUGCGACUCGAGUACUCUGUUAA